AAAAACCAAUCCGUUGAUUACGGGAAACAAUCUGUAGACUUUGCAAAUACCAAUACCUACGGCGGUGGACGGGGAUCAAUUAGCAAUGGUCCGGAAUCUCCCGGUGCAACGUUUUCUAUCAGCGGCGAUUCUCUUCGUAGCCGGGGUUCGAUUGAUGUGUAUAACAAGACGAACAGUGUUAUGAAUACAGUGGAAGCCCUGCCGUGUGUUGACCACUACAGAAAUAUUUUCUCAGCUACAAGUGGAGGCAUCAAACUCAGACCCACCCUUGCAGAACUGCACGAAGAGUUG